AUGGACUCCCAGGUCUUCCGGCCCAUGAUGACGGCAUUGCGCUUCGAGGCGUCCGACGUACGGCUCCAGGAGCAGCAGCAGCAGCAGCAGCAGCAGCAGCAGCAGCAGCAUGUGUUCCUGGUGUUGGGCGCAAGCAGCGACGUCGGCGGCGCCGUGCUGGCCGCGCUGCGGCGGGACGCGCCCCCGGCCGCCAUCGUGCUCGCCGCCACGCGUGGCAGCCCCGGGCCCUGCGAGCGAGUCCUGGACCUGGAGUGGCCCGAGUCCUGGGGCCCGGCGCUGCGCGGUGUCACUGGCCUGUUCAUGCUGUGCCCGCCGCACCUCGCCGCCAACGCCGGCGUGCAGGGGCUGGGCCCGUUUGCCGGCCCCGUGGAGCGCGUGUACGCGCCCUUCAUCGCCUCAGCCGCUGCGGCCGGCGUGCGCCACGUCGCAUUGUUAUCAGUGCAGACGGCGGGGCGCCGGCCGCGCGGGCUGCACGCGCGCGUCGAGGCGGCGCUGCGCGCGUCGGGCCUCGCGUGGACGGCCGUGCGGCCGGCAUGGUACUUCCAGAACCUGCUGCGGCCGCCGCUGCUGGACAUGAUACGGGACGCGCACGCCGUGGAGCUGCCCGCGGGGCGCGCAGAGCUCAACUGGGCAGACGCCCGCGACGCCGGCGAGCUCGCCGCACACGCAAUGCUGCACCCGUCCAAAAGCGCCGGCGCCGCCUGGGACAUCGCGUCGGAGCGCGCCGGCUACGGCUGCGUGUGCGAGCUGCUGUCGCGCGCGCUGGGCCGCCAAGUGGUGUACCGCCCCGUCGGCCCCCUGCGCUUCGCGCUGCGCCUGCGUGCGGCGCGGCGCUCGACCGCACACGUCCUGAUUUCGCUUGCCGCGCACUGGCUGCCCCGGGUCAGCCGGCCGCCGCCGCUGUCUGCAGACUUUGAGAAGGCGCUGCGGCGGCGGCCCAGGGGGCUGCAGGCGUUUGUGGAGGAGCACGCGGCGGAAUGGGCGCGGCCCGGGGCGCCCCCCUUGGAGGCAUCCGUUGGCGGGCCGCCCUCGCCACCACCAGUCAGUCGCGGCGACAAUUGA